GAAUGUACACAAAGGUCUGCCAAGAAAGCAGAGAUGGAAGAAAAUCAACGGAGUUAUAAACAGAAAAAGAAAAGGCGACGGAUUAAGGUUCAAGAAGAUUCAUCCAGUGAAAACAAGAGUAAUUCUGAAGAAGAAGAUAAAGACGACGACGAAGAGGAAGAGGAAGAAGAAGAAGAUGAAAAUGACGAUUCCAAGUCUCCUGGAAAAGGCAGAAAGAAAAUUCGAAAGAUUCUUAAAGAUGAUAAACUAAGAACAGAAACACAAAAUGCUCUUAAGGAAGAGGAAGAGAGGCGCAAACGUAUUGCUGAGAGGGAGCGUGAGCGAGAGAAAUUGAGAGAGGUAAACCAAU